AUGCUGUGCUACCGCAAGCGUUCGAGGACGGAGCUUAAGGAGAUGCCGUGGGAUCGGUGGCUGUCGAGCCCCGUCCCUAAGGUGGAGGAGAAGCUGAUUGCGCUAAACUCGUGUUACGGGUUCGUCACGAGGUAUAGCGUCCCGGGCGGCCAGAAGCAGACGCUGAGGUACCCCAAGCACGUCAAGGGCCACAUCACGGUGUUUCCGAACAAUGUACAAGAAUUGGUGACGAAAGUGCUGCCGCACCCUCUCCUGCAGGUGAUGGACGAGAUCCACAUCUCGUGGCAGGGGGCGGUAAAGCCGACACCGAGCGACCUAUCGAGUCUCUUAGAAACAACCCACUAUGCCGAGAUCGAGAUCGACGCGGCUGAGAUGGAGAGCUGGGGAGAGUCGGCCCACGGGGUGCCGCCGUCGGUGUACGGGCGCCUGGAGCGGAACGAGCCGUCGGCAUGGGAGAAGACGCGGACGGCGCAUAUCGUGCCGCCCACGGAGCGGGCCAUGGACGACGAGGGCGCGGUAGAGAUCGAAGAAGUCCUGUCUCUGCUCAACCAAGGGAGGAAGCGCGACGAUUCUCGAGGACGACGAGCCAGAGUCAAUCGAGACGGGCCGCCCGACGUCGCCGACGUGGAUAAAUUGCGCUUCGCAUGUGAUGCCGUCCGCGAAGGGCGGGCGACGACGGCGGCGCGGGUCCGAGGACGCGUUCGCCGCGGCGAUGACUUCGCCGACUCGUUCGAAGCCUCCUUUUCGCGAAGACCUUUCCACGCUGUUGCCAUUUGGCGCAGAGGCACCGCCGACAUACGCGAGCGGGAGGCCGCGACGCGAGAGCUCGUGUCGUCUCGGAACAUGAGCCUUCGGACCUGGGCCGACACGGUGUUACGACGCCACGGUGGCCGGUUCGCGACGCACCACAUCUUCGCCUUCCUCGUCUUUAAUAUAGGCGUGCGGUCGAGGAACCGCCGCGUCAGCAUGCUAAGCGUGACGAGGAAGAACUUCCGCAAGGUGGAGCGCAUCGUACGGUCGCUAACCGCGGACGGAUUGGCGGCGGCCAGGGCCGAGCUAGAGAGCACAGGCAAGACGACCGAUGAUGCGGUGAAGGAGCUGCUCAGGAGCCUUUCGCUGUAUGGCGUACCGCGCGCGCGACCCGAAGCGGCCGAGGAGUUCCUACGAAGCCUCGAUAAGGCGUUCAAACGUGUGCGGCUGUCCGUGUCCGACCCGAUGAGCUCGGCCGUCUUCUUCCACCGCGAGAUGACGCUGUUCUUCGAGCAUUACGUCAAUGCCGGGAACGGCGGGGAACAAGCGGCAUACCGCGAGCGAAUCGUCCGCUACGUCGAUAGUGUCUUCAGCGAGGACCUGGACCAGGAAGGGUUCUGCGCCGUCGAGGCAGAGCGUUCGGUGACGUCCGAUAUCUCGUCCCUGCUGAACAGGGCCGAUCAGUUCUCGGCCUCGUUCGAGGAGGAAGCCAACUUCUGCGCCGGCGCGACCCAGAUCCAUACCCACAGCCCGACAUGCGUCAAGUACUCCCUCGGCAGCAAGGGGCGGAAGGGCGCCGACCUCUGUCGCUUUAAGGCACCGUGGGAGCGGGUCGAGGAGACGACCCUGUCAGCGGACGGCGUGCUGCGGAUCCGCAGAACACAUCCCAUGCGGAAGACCAUGGCGCUCGUCUACUACGUGACCAAUUACGCGACUAAGGUGGAGGACCCGACGUGGAAGCGCGUCGCCGCCGCCGCCGAACUGCUGCCCGUCGUGUCGGCCGGUAGUCAGCCGGGUGCCGGGGAUGACGUAAGUAGCGGCGUCGUCGGCGACGGCGAUGGAAGGAAAAACAAGACGCGGCAGUUUCUCAUGAGAGUGGCGAAUCGGGUGUUCACGGAGCGGGCGCUGUCCGCCUGGGCGUACCUGAACGUGUCGGUGCUAUACUGGCACGUCUCGAGGCUCUGGCGACACCUUCGGCAGCAGAGCGGCACCGCGGCGGUCGAAGACGUGUCCGUCGCGGACGAGUCGGUCGUCGUCGAACAAGCAGGCGAGAGGAUCAGUUUCGCCGAGGCUAUCAUCAUCGCGGACAUGUCCUACGAGGCUUGUGCCUAUACGACUAUGUUUCGCUCGUCAGGCUCCAACGCACUGGGUCCAGGUGCUAAGGCGGCCGGAAAGUACGCCGUCGUCUGCCUCGACGGCUACCUAAGCAAGGGUUUCGAGCAGGACGACGAGGAAUCGGCUCAUCGCAGGGCUGCCGUCCAGCAUCUUGCGCUAUUUGUGCCGUGGGAAGCCUUUCUCGGCGAAGAAGAAGGGACAUCAAUGAGAUAUGGAGGCGGGCGCGAGAGCUGCCGCCGAGAAUCUCGUGCCUCGUCGACAACGUUCAACUGCUCCGGCGAUCACGGCGGGAUCGCGCGAGCUCUCGGCAUGAUACAGCAGCUGUGCCGCUUCCAGCAGUCAGCGCUGGCCUCGACCGCCGAGCUCGAGGCCUCCAUCGUCAGGGAACGGGGCGGGAGGCGCAUCGACUUGCCGGGGCGGGUCUUUUCCGGGGCCGCGGUGCCGCCGCAGGACCAGGUCAAGGCCAUCAAGUCGCAGCAGACGAGCGCCUCGAGGGAGAGGGUGAAGAUGAUACAGGGUAUACAAAGCAUGGCCACGGCCCACGGCACCGAUCGUGGCGCGGCGGAGCGGAGUGUGACCGGCUUCGGCGAGGAAGGCGUGCAGAUAACGGCGGCGGAAGCCGAGGAGACGGCAGGUAACGCCGAGGCCGGCAUGGAAGUCCGCCUCGGCCCGUCGACCUCGUUCCUCGAGGCCGGAAAAGGCUUGACGAGACGCUUGACGCUAAACAGGAAACAGGCCAUCGCCUUGUCCAUAAUAUGCCGCCACCUUGACUUGAUGCGGCGAGGAGACGGAGGCGAUGUCGGCCAGCUCUGUCAGUUCGUCGGCGGCGAGGGCGGUACCGGCAAGUCGCGCGUCAUCGAAGCACUCGUCGGCCUCUUUGCCGCUAAGGGCAUCUCGAGCCGGCUGCUGAUCACGGCGACGUCGGGGACCGCGGCGGCCCGGGUCAACGGUAUCACCAUCCACCCGCCUGCGGCUUCACCAGGACCAAGGGCCGGGCGCGAACACGGCGAGGAGGUCGACGGCGUACGGCUGCCGAGGCAGGCGGAGCGGUUCGUCGACGGCGAGUCCCGCAUGGACUGGCAGGACAAGGAGGUGCUCGUCAUCGACGAGUUCCGCCCGGUCCAGGAAAGGUCGAUCCUACUGCCGAGCUCGGCCGUCUCGUGGGACGAGGACUACUCGUUCAGGGCCGAGCAGCGCCACCAGCACGACAAGGCGCACGCGCUGUGGAAGCGGUUCACCACUGUCGUCAUGCUGGACGAGCAGAUGCGCGCCGCCGGCGACCCGGAGCUGCAGAGGCUGCUAAAGCGGAUCCGACUGGGCGUGCAGGAUCACACCGACCUAGACCUCCUUAACUCAAGAUGCUACCGGGAAGGCAGGCGAAUCCCGUGGGAGACAGGCAUCACCGUGGUCACGCCGCUAAAUAGGAACCGGUGGAAUCUCAACAUGGAGGCGAGCUUAGCAUUCCAGAUGCAACGACGUUUGACGAUACGCAUCUUCAUCUCCGAGCAUAAGUGGAAGGAGGGGCUGCCGACCGAGGAAGAGGCCAUCAUGAUGCUAAACCAGGGCGACGACAGCGCGACCCCAGUGCCGGGCGUCUUUAUGUUUGUGGCCGGGAUGCCGGUCGUCGUGAACCACAACACCCACCAGGGGCUGAAGCUGGUGAACGGCGCCAGCUACACGGCGGCCGAGGUCAUCGUCGACAAGGUGCACCCGGCGCAUCGCAUCUCGGCCGAUAUGGCGAUCCACUUCGGCCGCCGGCGGCGAUCAUACUAG